AUGAAGUCUCUUGCGUCGUUGGUUUUGGCCGCUGCGCCGUUGGCCAAGUUUGCUCUCGCCCAGGACUCGACUCCCUACACGGACGAAGAGACCGGCAUUGCCUUCACGACGUGGAGCGUCCCCGACAUUACAUACGGCCUCGCCCUUCCCGCCGACGCCCUCGAGAAGGAUGCCACCGAAUUCAUUGGCCUUUUGACUUGUACAUCGGCCGAGGGCGCAGGAACCGGCUGGUGCGGCGUCUCCUUUGGCGGUGGCAUGGUCAACAACCUCCUCCUCCUCGCCUACCCCCACAAUGACCAAGUCCUCACCUCCUUCCGCUGGGCCAACGAGUACGGACCUCCCGAGCUCUACACCGGCGAGGCCACCCUCACUCAAAUCUCCUCCACCAUCAACGACACCGCCUUCUCCCUCAUCUUCCGCUGCGAGGGCUGCCUCCAGUGGAAGCAGGGCGAUAUCGAAGGAUCUGCCGCCACUACCUCCGGGCUCGCAGUCACGGGCUGGGCCCACGCGAAAGCCAACGUCAGGAACCCCGACUGCGCCGACACAGCGGGCGUCGGCAGACAUGAUACCCAGGGUAUUCUGCCCGCUCGGUUCGAUGCCGAGGCGGCGAGCAGCGAUUAUGAGGAGUGGGUUGAGUUGGCGACCGAGACUGUGAGCGGCACUUGCGGUGGUGGAGAUGCGCCUGCGCCUCCUCCUUCGGAGCCUGCGCAGCCCCCGGCGGGCGGAUCCGGGUGUGCUGAGACUUAUACCGUGCCGGCAGGAUCGUACUGCUACCUUAUCGCUACGGACCAUGGUCUCACGCUUGAGCAGUUCCUUGAGCUGAACUCGGGGUUGAACUGCGAGGGGUUGCAGCCUGGUCAGGAGGUGUGCGUAAAGGCAUCGAGGCGCUGCAAGAAACGAAAGCUAUAA